AUUAGCCUACACAGAAUACAGAUUCAUAAGCAGCAUAAGAAAUCGUCCCAGAGCGAGAACACGUGAGGCGUUGGUUCCCGCCAAUAUUUCUUGGUCGAUGUGUGAGCAAGAUUCGCAUUAGUUUGAAUUCCAGUGAGGGCGCUACAAGGCAUCUUGCAUUAUCAACUGGGUUAUAAUAAGUUGGGUUUUUUUUUUCAUUUUCUCCUCGGCUGCUUGACUUGGUUAUUCUGUGUUUUUUUUUUUAUUUUCUCGGAACCUAGUUUGAAUUAAUCGAAUGUCAUCAAGACAUUUGGAGACAUCUCUCAAAGUUUUAUUGUGUUUACUAGACAAUUAGGGACAGACAAAACAAAAAGUUGGAUUUUUUUUGUUCUUCUUUGAAUUCCAGUUGAAGGUGAACUGACUUUUUUUUACUCACGAACGGAUUAUAAAAUGUUUACAUUUUGGAGAACAUUGACUUUCGAUCCAAAUGGAAAGUUCACAAAAAGACAAGAGAAUGUAAGAGAUGUAACUUAUUGAAUGUUCAGCACUUUGUAGAUGAUUCAAAGCAUUUUAAAUGGCUACAACUGAGCUGGGAGAAACGAGUAACGCUAGAGGCUACUUCGAAAUAUGGGCCUCGGCUGUGCCUAUGGUGGCAAUAUGUGUCAUUACCAUUGCCGCCAACGGGGCCAUACUGACCAUGUUUAUCAGCAGGCGAGGGCUUCGGCGCUGCAAGAACCUUUACUUUUUCAGCCUGGCCCUGUCAGAGUUUCUGAUUGGCCUGUUAGAACCAUACAAGCUAUCUAAUGAUCUACACAUGACGUGGGACAGUGGAUGGAGAUGCAGGAUCUUCCAGACUACGAGGCAGUCUCUUGGAUACAUCUCAUUUUUAAGCGUGUUUCUAAUCACUUUGGACAAGUGGCGAGCCACUCAUUACCCGGUGUCUUACAGAAGCAAGUCCACUAAAUGCAUGACUGUUGUGGCCGUGGUGUCUGUUUGGUUCAUUGGCAUUCUCAUCAAUUCUUUCUCUCAGAUCUGGUGGGAUGACUUUCUCCUCUCCCUAAACGCCGUAUCGGUUCAAUCCAAAGUGUCAAGCUCCUCGGAUAACGGAAUGAACGCCAGUCCUAGGCCAAGCGUGGUGCUGGGACAGAUAGACGGCGCGUCCCGAGACGUUCAGUAUUCCAUCGGCACAGGGCCAUUUCCUUACCAUCAUAACAUAUGUCCGGAAGGCUACCAUCUGAGCUUCAACUUAUCCAUCUUCUCGACAACAAUUUUCUACAUCAUGCCCAUCAUUGCCAUGCUGGUGUUCGACAUUAGCCUCUACCUGAAGAUUAAAUGGAGGAAGAGUGUCGAGGUUCAAAGGUCAACCAGCGUCACUGACACUUAUUUCAUGACGCUGAAGAAGCCAGCUCUUGAACUGCCUGAGAGCUGUAUGAACUCUCACGAUGAAGACCCCGCCAAGGAAUCCUUGCUGAAGAACUCUGAUAACAAGCCGAUCAACAAGCAUCUCGCCAUUGGAGCAAGGAGUGAGAGGCGACACAGUUCUCUCCCGGCGAUCUCCCCGAUUAUAAAAGGAAGGACAUCUAGUGGGAGAAGAGUCUCGAUGCCGGAAAGCAACACCGGAAGCGGUGGAUGUCGAUACGUCGGCCGAAAGUGGUCUGGAUGCGCUACGGCGUUAACCAAUAACCAAAACGCCCCGCCCACCCCACUUGCCAACCUGGCGCCUCGCCUGCACACCGAAGACAUGGUCCACGACAUCCUUGUCAAGCAGGACAAAACUACCGUGACAUGUCUCUGGCUGAUGCUAGGCGUCCUCGUCACGUGCUGGCUGCCCCACGCCGUGGUCAACAUGGUCAACUCCAGAUGCUGGUGUCUGGACAGCGGAGCUCUGACCGCCACGUCCUGGUUCUUCCUGCUGGACCACGCCGCCAACCCCAUUCUCUACGGACUCAUGUACGUUCAGUUUAAAAACGUCCUGAAGCAGUGGCUUCUGGUGGAAAGGAUGCACGCCUUCAAGAUGAGAGACACUUUGAUCCUGAAGAAUCUUCAGAAGAAGGUGAGCUGCGAAGAGAAUAGCAAAGACAAAAGUCCGAACCCUUCAACCAAACAACAGCAGUUUCAAGUGCCUAAAAUAGCCUCGCACGUCAGUCUGGCUCACAAUGACUCGGACAAUACAGCUUUGUAAAUAUCUCCUACCAUGAAAGAUGUCAGGUUCGUACGAUGUUCGAUCAUGUGUUGACAUCAUUCAGCAAAAUCCUCGUGCAAGACUUCUCCUCGAUUGAUCUAUGUUCUGUAUUACUUGGCAGAGAAUGACAAUCUAUCAAAGACUUUGUAUUGAAUGUUAGAACUGUGCAGUGGAGAGCUAAUGAAACAAGACAAUGUCAUCUUCAGAAACAUAGAAAUAUAUGCAGUUGGCAGCAGAGGCUAUCCAAGAGAUUCACACAGUGGUAAUCUAAUUGUGACUUGUGUUUUUCUAAGUGCAGCGUCCUUCUCAGUACCCAGACUCAU